AUGCUCAAGAUCUUUAUUUCUUUCCAGCUUAUAAUCUUAUCAGUAUUAGCAUGCAGCUAUGCAGCGAAGUUGGACAGAACAUACCUUCCACCUGCUAACGCAGCAACUGCUGGCGGCGGCCCUGGAUCCCUGACAGCUCCUGCUGGACCUUCUGGACCUUCCAGUGCUGGAUCUAGACAGACAGGCAGUGGUGGAUUUGGCCAAUCCUCUGGUGGAUUCAACCAACCAUCAGCUCUGCCAGGUGCAUCGGGUACAAGUGGUUUUGGACAAAGCAACCCACAAGGCCAGUCUACCUUCAGUCAAUCUUCAGGACCAUCAGGAUUUGGACAGUCCGGCCAGUCAGGAUCUACUGGCCCAUCUGGUCAAAGAUUUGGUCAGACUCAAGGAUUUGGACAGGCAGGCCAAUCAGGAUCGACUGGCCCAUCUGGACAAACAUUCAGUCAGACUCAAGGAUUUGAACAAGCACCGUCGGGUUUCGGUCAACCCCAGGGUGGAUUUUCAGGCACAGCUGGCUCUCAACCUCAGCGGGCUCAAGCUGAUGCUGAUAGAAAUGCUGAAAUCUUGAGAUACGAUAACCAAAACGACGGUGAAACUUUUUCGUACAGCUUCGAAACAUCGAAUGGAAUUUCUGCUGAAGAAUCUGGUGUUGCAACUAAUGGUGUCCAGGCUCAAGGUGGUUAUUCGUACGUUGGUGACGACGGUCAGACCUACAGAAUCACAUACACUGCCGAUGAGAAUGGUUUCGUACCCCAGGGAGACCACUUGCCUACUCCUCAUCCCAUUCCUGAAGAAAUUCUGCGGUCCAUCGAACAGAACGCUCGAGCUGCUGCUGCUGGUACACAAGAGGGAGCUUACAAUCCCGAAGAAGAUAACCAGUCGCCGCAAGCUUACAAUGCUGGUUCACUUAAUUACCAGGGUCAAGGUCAAGCUCAAGGUGCAUAUAAUCAGCCUCAAAUUAGUCAAGGAAACCAAGGUGGAUUCAAUCGACCUCAAGGCGGUCAGAGCAGUCAAGGCGGUUCUUAUCAAGGACAAACUACUCAGCAGUCUGGUGGUGCCACUGGUUUCACUCCUUCUAGCUCUAAACCUGGUACUCAAGGACCUGGAUUCAAUCAGGGAUCUUCCGGACAGUUCAACCAACAAGGAAAUUUUGCCCCGUCUGGACAACAAAGUUUCCCUGGUCGUUCUCAAGCAGGAGGUCGUGGCUCCCAAUUUCAGGGUGGUGAUUCUGGUUACCAAUAUAAUCGUCCUCAGACCACUCAGCAGACCCAAGGCUCUAGUGGUCAGUAUCGCCCACAAUUUAACCAAGCUUCUCAGUCUGGAUCUCAGGGACCUUUCAACAGGCCUUCUAGUUCUGGAUCUUUUACACCUUCAGACUCUGCUCAGGGAUCUCGUCCUCAGGCCUCUAAUAGACCUCAAUCAGGCACACAGGGAUCGUCUGGACCUUCUUUCAGACCUUCUGGAUCCAACCAAGGACUUUUCAGUCCUUCUGGUUCCAGCCAGGGAAAUGUAGGCCCUUCUAGCUCCACCCAGGGAUCGUUCAGAACUCCUGGUUCUAGUCAAGGGUCACUCAGCCCUUCUGGAUCCAACCAAGGAUCGUUCAGUCCUUCUGCUUCAAGCCAGAAUACAUUCAGGCCUUCCACCCAAUCUGGAUCUUCUAUGUCUGGUCAGGGCUACCAAUACAAUCGCCCAGGGUCUCAAGAUUCCGGCGCUCCCUCUUUUAACACUUCUGCUGGAUCUCGUGCCCAAGGUGGAUUGAACGGUCAGGGAAACCCUGGUUCCCAAAACCGUUUACCCGGCCAAGGUCAGAUUGGUUCCCGUCCAGGAAACCAAGCUAGUGCUCAGGGUGGUUUUCCAGGAGCACAAGGAGCUCAAGGCCCUGCCUUCGGAGGUCCUCGCCAGCCACCUAGCUUCAGCGAAGAAGAAGGCUACAAAUACUAAACCAAAGCUUUUAUUAUUUAAUUUUAAACCGGCAUUAUAAAAUAAAAAAAAAAUAGGAAAUAAUUUUGUACAAAUUG